GACGUGUGUGUAUAUAUACGAAUGCGAGACUCGCAUUGCGAGUAAUGAAUGGCAGAAAUACAAAAGAAAACAGAAUCAAAUACACGGAGCGACCAUCCGAAAAUAGACAAAAAAUCAUUUAGUUUUUACUUGAUGUUGUUUUUAUUUUUUGCGGUGCGUGUUUAAAAUACAACGCUGAAAAGAUAUUGUGUACAUACAAUAACAGCAGUAAACCAAAAACAUAUGACAAUUGAGCAAGAGAUAGAGUGCGAACUCCAUGUGCGACAAACAGUACAAAGCUUACGACCACACUGCGAAUCGUUGAUUCUGUUUUUAGGUUUAGCUGGCAGAGGCAAAAAUCAGCGCCAGAAUCUGUUGAAAACAGUGCAAGUAAACAAAAUACCCACACAUACACGGCGACUGACAUAGUGAGCAUUGCGACGCCGUCUUGUUGUUGUUGCUGUCAUCGCACACAGUGAAACGUUUCGAUCGAUACAACUCCGGUUGGCUCUUUCCCACUCGCAUUGCUUAUGGAGUGGAGCGAGUGUGGCGAGCAUACGGUUGCCAAGUGCCGUUUCGACAGUGUGUUGCGAGUGAGUGGGAACCAAAUAGCAAAUCCAAACGUAUGAACCGAAUGAAAAAUCUCUACAGCUGAGCGUAGCUGGGUGUAUAAAGUGCGGUAGUACGGUAUGGUUCGUAGGAAUCAAGACAGCAGUAGAAGUACCGAUAAACCAUCGCCUAUAUAUGUUUUGCUUUGUUUCACAACGUUACUGCGCUGUGAGUCUUCACCGUGCAUCGUUCGUCAAAUUACAUACACCACGCGCACAAUGUGCUCAUAACUUCCAAAGUGAAAGAAAAAAGAAAAGAAAUAUAAACUCGCGAACGAAAAAAUAAUAAUAAUAUAAUCAACCAAUGGAAAAGGGGAAAAAAAGCAGUAACGAAAUAUAUUUUUCUUGAUCGAAUUAACCCGAUAAGAAAGUGCUCUUACACGCGAAUUAUAAUCCAAAUAGUUUGUUCAGUGUGUGUUUGGUGAAUAAUAACAAUAAUAAGUGGCGAGGAAAUGCUCGUGUAACGAAAUAAAAUUGUCAUCAAGAACUUCCUAUUGUAAUAAAUAUUGCGUGAAACAAAAUCUACGUCGUCCAAAACAAAGAAAGAAGAAACAAACGUAUUGGAAAAGGAAACUUGAACUCUCGCGGUGAUUAAAAUUUCUGUGUGUCGUCGUUGUUGUUGUCGUUUGCCAAUCGCAAUGCAAAAGCCGACAAGUCAAAUAAAAUUGAAAUGAAUAUUAUGGCCGUGUGAAUCAAAGCACACAAAAGCAAAGCAAUUACUAUUCAAAUGAAUUGUUAGUAUUUUGUCUGAUUGGUGCUAGACGACAGAAAGAAAGAAACAUCUCUGUGUGCGACUUAAUGAUUCAAUAAGAGACUGACAAAUCGCAUUUUCUGUGUAAAGAUAAAUGAAUGAAAAAAAAUUAAAAUAGCUACAUAGAGACGAAAUUAAAGUAAGAGCGACAGUGUGUGAGAGAGAAUUUACGUAUGAAUUUUCAAUUGAUUCUGUAAAUAAAAAUGUUUGAAGGAUGAUGUGACGCAUAUCUGUGUGUCCAUAUUCCAAUGACUUAAAGCGCUGAUUAAAAAUAGAAAUUUUUGCUCGUGUGUCUGUUGGCUGAAGGAAAAUCGAUUUGUUAUUCGCUCGUUUCAUUCGACGCUUUUAUAUAUCAUUCGAACUCUUCCGCAAAAACUAUAACUCAAGAAUAGAUACAAAAAGGAUAGAAAAGGGGGAAAAGUAGCAGAGAAAAAAGAAAAACUAAGAGAAAAACAUUGUUUUGGUCUUAUCGGAUAAAGUGGAAAACGACCAUUUGCUCUGUCUCUCUGUGUGUGUAUUUGUGUGUCAGUUUCACACCGAACGCAUACUAGAACGGCAAGGACACACCAUCGCGACGACAACGACGCCAACGACAGCAACAACAAAACCAUUUGUAGCACGCUGUACGUUGAAGCUCUGACAAGUGUUCCUUUCGUUCCGUAAACAUUGCUCAAAGCAUUGAACAAUCCGGCUGCGUUUUUUCUUCUAAUUUCCGUAGUCCGAAGUGACAAAAAGCGAUCGCUCCAAAACACAUUUUGUCUAAACAAAUUUGCAACACAUUCUUUUUUCUUUCGAUACAAUCACUUGCAGUGCGGCGUAAAGUGUAAUUUGUGUUUCGGAUUAUUUUUUUUCUCUGUUAUGUUCAUGAUAACGGAUAUACGAGCGGAAAUUUUUACUCUUUUCUUCAAGCGGUGUGCAUCCUGUAUGUGUGUAUAUUCAUUGAUUCGACGAUAGGUCCGUUCUAAUUUAUUCAUUUAACAUCUAAUUUUUCUACUUGGCCACAUUCCGUUGCGAAAGGGGAUCUUCCUUGUGCAGACCGAAGGCUAGAUAGAGAGAGAAAGAAAAAAAAAUCUUCUAUCUCGUUUGACUUUACAGUCCGUUGCACAGAAGUAUUGACCUCGCAAAUGCAAACACAGUGCCCGAAAGAGUGAAUCGGCAUUUGUUUGCGGGCAAUAACACAUAUACACACAUACGCUGCGAAGUAGAACAAUGAAAAGGGAGACGGAAAAAUCUUGAUUGCUGAUACUGAUGCCAACACCGUUUGAUGUAAUUCCAGCUCAGCAAUAAAAAAAAAGACGCGAGCUCAUGCAAAACGAUAAAUCCUAACAGCAGCAAAAAAAUUGUUCUGUUGCAAGCAAGUAUUCUAGAAUUGGUAACGCCAAAACAAAGCAAAAACAUACCGCAAAAAUCCCAUUAACAAGUGUGGACAAGAAAAACAAAUUUUCACACAUUUCAUUUAAUGUAGAUAUGGCAAGCAUGUGCAAAUACCGCAACAACAGUGCGUUGCCCCAAAGUGUUAUGUAUUUUGGAAAAGAGUGAUUGUGUGUGUAUCAUUUAGUAGAGAGGCCGGAGAGACCACGUUGCUUUAUUUAUUACGCUCUUUGUUUUAUUUUUAUGUUGUUUAUUGACAUUACGGACAAAAUAGGCGAUAACAGUGAUAACACACGCUAAUUUAAUAAACAAGGAAAAAAACAAGAACGAAUACGUACAGCCCCAAUCCAGUUCGGCAUACGUCAAAACAUCGAGUAGCCGUUAUUUGAAACAUUCAAUCGACUGCAGUUCACAAGCUUAUUGCAUUGUUUACCAACACCAUCGAAUGAACCGAAUCGAACGAAUCAAUACACCUGGCCCUGGAGCAGACAACAAUUUUCCAUCGAGAAAGAAAAAACUGCAUAAUUUGACUGGCCGGUAGAAUCUGUUUUCCAUUUCUGAAUUACUUUACACACAUCGACAAACCGAGAACCAUUCGAACCACGUACAAAAUAUUUUCACAGAAGUGUCAUAAAAGUUUCGAGAGUUCGUGAUCGGAAACUGGGCCGAAAAGUUUGACAGCAGAUUGUACAAGCAGUUCAUCAGUGUCAUUCGCAUUCAGGACCGUCGCCACACCGAGACUUGCCACUCAAUUUCGGUGCUGGGUUCCGUGUCUAGCAGCCGUGAACUGUCUCUCUCUCUCUCUGAUGGCAAUGUGUGCAUCGUUUCGGCUUGGCGCUGUUCUGCGUAAACAUCGUGUUGCUUCACGUCAAUCACAAGCUGCGCUAAUCAUCAACUACCACAGUCAUUGCAACGUGACGAGAAACUUCGAGGCAUCCAAUUUCUGAAAUCGUUGUGGACUCUGUGUGUUUUUUGUAUGUGUAAUUUCUGCUGUUACGUUCGGCGAGCGCACGAAACGUGUGUCAAUUCAUUUUUGAAUGGUUAGAAUUGUGAUUUCAAACCAGCAUUCAUUCAACUGUAAUUUAUCCAUCAAACACACGUGCGUUUUACUAAUUGUUCUUCAGAAAGAACCAAAAACUGUGUCAAAUCGUGUAACAAUGAAGGAUUGCAAAUUCCGCUAAUAACGCUUUAGAUCGCGAAUGUAUGGUGCAAAAACGAAUUUAUGGUUGAAAAAUAUGAACGUUCGGUUUCGCACUAACCCAAAUAAAUAACAAUUCCAAAUAAAAUCGUAUUUAUGUUGACGCUAGCAACAACACAUGCACACACACACACACACAAAAAAAAAACCUAAUAUACAAAUUACUUCACAAUCAGAUGAUAAUAAUUUCACAAUAAAUACGCCAAUUUAAAAUUAAAUUCGUUUUCAUGACGCAACACAAGCGGCACAUACUAAGUCGCAGUGUGUAGAAAAAAAGGUGUGCAAUUGGUGCGAUACUGUUUUUUUUCCUCCGCUCUUACUCUGCGGUGACAUUCAUUGAUAAAACUGAUUGAGUGCGCUCCGUGAAAAUAAUACCAUGAAAUAAAUCCGUGUGCAAUGAAAAAUGGAUUCUAGCUUAACUGCAUCGAAAGUAAUAUAUCUUCCGCGGGAGUGAAAGACGUGAAACGAACAAAAAAAAAACAACAUCCAUUCGCAUUUCCACAUUCGCUCGUUUUGUGCGUGGAUAGAACUGUGUUUUGCUGGCGCACAAUUUUGCUGGGAUAGUGAGUGAACGGAAAAAAAAACAAACGAAAUAAACAUUUGCUCGGUGUGAUUUUUCUCGAAUUGAGAAUAACACAUUUUUUUUCUUCGUUUUGUGCUCUUCGCUUCGCUUCUGUUAAAUAAAUUUAUUUAUGCUGUAAUCGUUUAUUGUUCCUUAAUCGUAUUAAAUGUGCGCAAGCAAAUAGCGUCGGUACAUGCGAUUCCUAUAUAUAUAUUUUUUUUUAUUUCUGCUGAUACAGUCGAUAUAAUAUGUUAUAUGUGCAUUAAAUGUUUUGUGUUGUAUGAAAUUUUCGAUUUUUCUGUUUCGCGUUUGCCGUGUAUUUAUAUUCAUGCUGGUUACGCAGUGCUUCCAUGGAUUUUCUGCUGAGUCUGACGAUAUAUUGAAAACGGUGCCGAGAACAUGUAAAGAGCCAAAAUAGACACAUUUAUUAUUAGUGCGAUAUUUUCGAUGCGCGGAUUUUUUUUCUGUUUUGUUUUAUUCACUCAAAGCUGAAAUAAAGAAAAAAAAAAUCUCAUUUUUUUCAUUUAUCGUCGUCGUUGUUAUUAGUGCCUGUUCCUGUGGUUUCAAAAUAUUUUUUUUUUAUUUGUGUCGCGUACCAGGCCCAGCAACAGUGCGUCAGUGUUGGACUGGAAAAAAGAAUCCGACAUCGAAGUGCGAAAAGUGAAUGUGCCGUGAAUAUUGGUUUUCAUUACAUUCGCAUUACAUUAUCAGCGCCAGUGACAGUGACAGUGACAUUGAUCGUGCUUCCAUAGAUAGCGAAACGUUUCGUUGAAAAAGCGUAGACGGUGGUGGCAAUAAAGCUGUGAUUAUCAUCUGUCAUUUUCUCUGCAGAGCAAGAAAAACCGUGGGCUAAGUGUUUGCUGAGCUCUUACCGUGUGUGCUAGAGAGAGACUCGUUUUAUGUUUGAAAAUCAUCGAAAACUCACGUCCAAGCCCCAAUACAUGCAACCACACACGCAAAUUGAUAAGUAGAUUCGCUGAAGAGACACCGACGGCGAUUACAACAACAAAAACUUAAGAGCUUUUGCGACGCGCGCACGCGAAACAGAGAGAGAUGAACAAGUAAACGAAGCAAGUGUGAAAUUAUGUACACCUUUCAACAUCAUCUCUUUGCUUAACGCAAUAAAUAAUGACAUGAAAACACAUCUUUCGCAUUGAUCUAUUAAAACUCAAUUGGAACAGCGCAAUGCCAAAUCCAUGAAUAAUUUCGUGCAAAAAUACGGAUUCUAAAGUGAGAGACUCUUGUGCACAUACACACAUCUCGCGUUGUCAAAUAAAUAAAUAAUAAGUUUUAAGUGACGGGAAAAGCGAAAAAAAAAAAACAAAUAUACAUACAGAAAUGCACACAGAUUCUUUCGAGUUUAUUGACAAUAAAUAAUUUUGUGACGAUUUAAAUUCAACUGAUACUCUUCAUGCCAAAUUUUUAAGUAGCCAACAAUUUGAUGUGUAACCAAUGAUUUUCAAUCUUCCGCUAUUCUAAUAAUGAAUAUUUAGAAGGAGACCAAAACAGAAAAAAAACAAAGAAACGACUUGGCAACUGAAUUAAGUGAUUUGUGAUAUUAUUCGUUAAAUUAUUCUCCAUAAAUCGGUAAUUCUUCCAACUCAAGCACUCUUCGAUUAAGCGUUAAGUAUUUUAAUCAGUAGCUAAACGAAAGAAAAAUAAAUAGAAGGGAAGAAAUUCUCGCUAAAUGAAAAAGAAAUUAAUUUGUCGUUAAAUUACGUUAAAUUUCGUUAAUUGCAUUCGUUUUACCCCAUUUGUGCUAAUUUUAACUGCUAUUCAGCUCAAAAGACUCUUCAAUUUAAUGAACGAAGUGAAAAACGCAUAAAAAACGCUCGCUAGACAGAAACUCAAACCUAUAAAACUCAAUGAAAAUUGGUGUUCAAAUUGGUCGAAUUUACGUUUUGUUAGUAUAUUUCGUGCCAAAUAAAUUGGUUAUUUUGUGAAUCUACCUGCUGGUGCGCGCACUUUUUUUUUUGCUGUAUAUUUGUUUAUUGUGUAAUCAGUUUACAAAUCUUUUUUGGUUCAUAAAUUUGCUGACGCUAUUUUAGCGCUGCAGACGGUGAGCCGAUUUGCUAGCGCACAUUUAACAAAAAACCGAGAAAGAGUUGGAGUUAGUUUGGCAGUCAUUGGCGCAGUAAAUGCUGCCGAUGAACAUUAAAAGCGUAACAGUAAACGUAAUAUUUAAGGCUACUUUAUAACCAAAAACAGCUUUGGCCGUGCAUCAAACGAACCGGCACAAACUCAACCGAGUAGUAGUGAAACGGUCGCGUUUUCGAUUUAAUUAGAAAGCAAUUGUGAUUGCAUCUGUUGAAAUAAUUCGACCACAAAUAUUAAAUCUGGACUGACAGGGAGGAGCAAAAAUGGGUCUGAUGAGAUCAAUGAAGUUAAAAGAGCGUUUGGCCGUUGGCCUGGGCGUAUCACUGGUGUUGAUUACCAUUCUGCUUAUAGCCGACUUGCAAAUGGAUAUGAAUAUGUCAAAGGGUCAUUUAAUGUUGCCGCCGCCGAUGCAUGCAAAACUCGUUGCACCAAAUGAUUCGGAUCGAAACGGUGUAUUUUCAGCAUUCAAAGAAAAAUUUCAAUUAGGAAAUUUGAUAAUGCCCAGGGUGCAAACCGUAUUGUCAGUGGAACAGAGUGGCGAACAGCAUACGGUUACAACAGCACGGACGACUUUUAAGCCAAAAGAUAAAUUCGAAGACCUAAAAGAAGCCAUUCGAAAGCUGAAAACCAAUGAUGAGAAAACCUCAAAGCAAGCAUCCAGCGAAUCGGAAACAUUUCCAACGCUUGGCGAACUCCUCAACAUGCAUAUAAAUGAAAAUUCAACGAACUUAGAUAAAUUUCACCUGGAAAUUAGACAGAAUGAACUGUAUCCAGAGAACUCAACUUUAGUCGAUAAAUUAUUACACGAUAUGGCAACGAAUCAGGUUCAACAUGCUGAGCAAAAAGAAGGCGGCACUCAACUGAAACUAAUAAUUGAUUAUGGCAACAAUUUUGAAGCCCUCUUCAAACCAAUGAGGUUUCCACGUGAACAACAAACGUUACCAAAUCAUUUUUAUUUCACUGACUUUGAACGACACACAGCUGAGAUUGCUGCAUUCCAUUUAGAUAGAAUUUUAGGUUUCCGAAGGGCGAUGCCAGUUACCGGCAGAACAUUGAACAUUACUACCGAAAUUUAUCGAGUUGCCGACGAAGAUCUACUGAAAACAUUCUUCGUAUCGCCAUCAAAUAAUUUAUGCUUUCAUGGGAAAUGCUCGUACUACUGUGAUACAUCUCACGCCAUUUGCGGCAAUCCCGAUAUGCUUGAGGGUUCGUUUGCGGCAUAUCUUCCCAAAUUUGAUAGGUCAACACGAAAGGCUUGGCGUCAUCCGUGGCGAAGAUCAUAUCACAAACGAAGAAAAGCAUCAUGGGAAACCGACCAAGAUUAUUGUAGUAUGGUGAAAGAUAUUCACCCGUAUAGCGAGGGUCGUCGAUUAAUCGAUUUAAUGGAUAUGGCUGUUUUUGACUUUUUGACGGGCAACAUGGAUCGCCACCAUUACGAAACGUUCAAAAUCUUCGGUAACAAUACAUUUACGCUGCACUGUGACCAUGGACGCGGUUUUGGCAAACCAUUCCACGAUGAGCUCUCCAUUUUAGCGCCGCUAUUACAGUGCUGCAUGAUAAGAGCGACAACGCUUGAACGGCUUUUAGAAUUUCAAGCCGGCCCAAAACCAUUGUCAGUUGUGAUGCGCGAAUCGUUAGCAAAAGAUCCGAUAGCGCCGGUUUUGUGGGAACCUCAUUUGGAAGCGCUUGAUCGCCGUGUCGACCUCAUUUUAAAAGGCGUUCGAGAUUGUGUGGCAAAGAAUUCCAUUGAUGACGUUGUGAUUACCUACGAAAAUGUCGUUUUUACUUAGGGCCUUGAACAAAUAAACACAAACAUGCCAUUUACUUGAUUUUCUCACUCUGCCUCUCAAUCGCUCGCUUCCAAAUGUAUUAUUGCUUCAGCCAAUUCAGUCGAUAAGUUCUCGGGGAGAAUCACAAGCAGAGAAUAGGAACACCGAGAUGAUGGAGAAAAACAAGUAGAAUGGCAACAACAACAGCAACAACAAACACUUAUUGUAAUUAAAUUCCUCGUUUUCAUAAGCACUCAAGGAUGGUUAGCGUCGCUAGAUGAUAGAGAAAAUGGACUUAGAAAAUAGAAAAAAAACGUAGAACGGGAGAACAAGAUGAACAAAAAAACAACCAAUGCAACCAAGACUUUUUAAGAUGUAGAUAAAUAAGAACAAAUUCUAUUUAUGUUAGUUCGAGAGAUAAGGUUUACAUUUAUUUCUAACUCCGUUAUAUUAUUAUCAUUAUUACCGCAUGUUUAAACUAUUGAUGAUUCGUUUUAAUAAGCUUUUUUUAGGAAAAAAACAAAUGUUUUAUUUUGAAGUGUGUUUUUUUUUUUUUUUUUAAUUUGACCUUUGCGAAAAAAAAUUACGAUAUUUUUGUUAUGAAAAAAUAUAUAUAUUUGAUUUUAUUGGCGAUGAAAUACUAAUCCAAUGUUGAAAAAUGAUAUUAGACAUGGAUAAUUUUAGCAUAAAAUGUUUUAAGCCAAUUAAGUGAAUCCUGUUUAUAUGAGUUAUGAUGACCUUUAAGUGACGAACGAUGAACGAAAAAAAAAAUACGUUGAAACCAAUCUUUGUGUAUACCUUGAAAAGGAAAUAAAAAUGAACAUUCAAGAAUGUCUUACACUGAAA